AUGUCUUCCAGUGAAGACACUCCUUCUGUCAUGUCGCUCGACGACGAGCCUCCUCACCGAGUGCCUGAAGGCUACUACGUCGGGAUCGAGUGCCCAAAUGAAGAGGAACGGUUCACUUUCACAUGUCCCUACAUUCACUGCGAUGGCUGGAUCUUUGCCUCUGCCGAAGAGUGCUAG